AUUAUUUGUUAGAAGCAUACAAAGCAUUAAUAUUUAUAAAUAAAGCAACAAAACAGUUUUUAUUUCACUCAAGAUGGUCUAAUUUAAUAUGUUGCUUGCACCAACUGGAAACGGGUGCUGAUGGUGCUGUCCGGCGGCACCGCGGCGUCGUCGGGCGGGCCCGACCUGUCGCAGAUCCCGGCCGACGUGGCGCACAAGCCGAGCACGCUGGACCGGCUGAGCGACUACCCGGCCGCGCGGGCCACCGACAUGCUGAACACGUACACCAAGUUCCUGUUCGUCCGGCACCCGUUCGAGCGGCUGCUGUCCGCGUACCGGAACAAGCUGGAGCAGCGGCACGACAGCUCGCGGUACUUCCAGUCGCGGUUCGGCCGGCGCAUCGUCAAGCGGUACCGGGCGAACGCGACCGAGCAGUCGCUGCGGCGCGGCGACGACGUGACGUUCGCCGAGUUCGCCGAGUUCGUGGCCGACACGCGGGACACGGUGUUCAACGAGCACUGGGCGCCCAUCGACAGGCUGUGCCGGCCGUGCGCGGUCAACUACGACUUCAUCGGCAAGCACGAGUCGCUGUUCCGCGACUCGGACUAUCUGCUCAGGCACGUGGUCGGCGUGGCCGACGUCAAGUUCCCCAAGGGCCCGGACUCCAACACGUCCACGCAGCUGGUCAAGUACUACACGUCGCUCGACCACAACACCAUACUCCGUCUGUACGGCGUGUUCGAGUUGGACUUCAAGUUGUUCAACUACGAUUUGCAAAACAUUUUGGGCUACGAGGUCGGCUAACGAUGCUUUUUUUCGCCCCGCCGCGCGCAAAGGCGCGCGCGGGUGUCCCAGUCAGAUCUUACUCCGCUUUCCAUCGCCCACACCGCAUAACAAUAUCGAAAGGGUUAUAGAAAUCUUAGCACGUCCCGGUCAAGGGGCUUUAUAUCGGCAGGGUUAAAACCGCAGCAGGGUUUACUCCGCGGGUAAGAUUCGACUGUUUCACCGGGUCCGUACAGCAUUUGGCGAGGAGCGGAGUCAGUUGCUGCCUAGGCUCUCUUCCAUACCGACUCCCGGGCUCCGAACUUGAGAUUUUUCGUUAACGACCUUCCUCUAUUAUUUUCCGGUCGAUUUUUGUUCGAUCGUUUUCAUUAUUCAACGCGUCGCGUCGAAGGCUCGAUCGAAUAAAAUUAAAAACUAUUACAACUGUUUUCAACCACCACUCGCGUUCCUAACCCUUCGAUCCGUAACAUAUAUAUACAUUACAUACGCAUGGAAAUAAAUGUUUUGGCGGUGUAAGAAAUAUACAUCGUUUCUUAUUAUUAAUAUUAUUUUUCCGUGAACAAUAUUUUUGUGGGUUUUGCGGCGUUUCUCUACAUCAAAUUUAGUAUUGUAUACAUACAGUGGGUCGUGAACUGCGAAUGCAAUUGUAUCGUAACAUCGUAUUUGUAUUCAAUAUGUACACUACGAGAGCGUUGUAAUACUAUGCGUCAACGGACAAAACGACUACGAGCUCCCCGAGACCGGCAAUUUUUAACAUAAUAUUGUACAUAGUAUUUAAUUCGGCAUUUCUAACGCUUCACAGUGCCUGUCGCGUUAACCGCUCCGUAUAAUAAAUCUAUAGAUAUUAUUUAUAUUAUGUAGUCGUGUUUAUCGUACACGUUGAGAUUUUCUCGAUAUUGAAAAUGUAUUAUGCAAAUUAUUUAUCAUCUCGGUUGUAUCCGUGUAACGCAAAACGUUGUAAUUUUUGUAAAUUCAUUACUAAUGCCUUGUAAAGUGUCAGCUAGUAAUAUUGGCUUAUUUUUUUAUUGCCGACGUAAUGUUACGUCUUUUUAACUGUGAUUUGUUUUUGUGUUUGAUUUGUUGGAUAUUUGUUGUUAUGAACGUUAUAUAUAUUAUUUUAAUUGCUGGUUUUAUAGAAUAUUUUCAUGAACCAUUAAACUAUUAUACAUUUAAGUAAUAAAGCGAUUUGUUUGUAUUUAUUUAACGACAUUCUCUCCAUACAGUGGACUGUAUUAAAUUCGAUUUUAAUUGCCUUUUAAAUCGUAUUACAGAGGCAGAACGUAAAAAUGAAGGAUACACAUGGGUUGGACCGUAAAGGCAAAGUAUAAGCGCAUGCUUUACUAUCAAACGGAUUUCGAUAUUAUUAUCAAGAGAUAUCACGUAUUUCAAUGAAAUAAAGCGUUGACACAAUUACCAUUACAAUAUAAUUUAUGUUGAUGUGUAAUAAAUAUUACAUUUGACUCGUAAUAGACUUAUUAUAAAAUUAACAACCUACGCUACCUCAGUGACAUACAUUCAAUCUUGCAC